AUGCCUAUCGUGGGAUUACUUGUGAGAGAGCUGGCUGGCUUUCGUAACCAAUUUCGGCCAUGGGGAGGAGACCGAGUUUCUUCCAUUUGCUGUCUGCAAACCCACUUCAUCGGCCGCAGGGACAUCGACGGUAACAGCUACUCCAAUCCGGACAACUCACUUCCCAGUCCAAAAAACAGUCCGACGUCGCCAACAAUGUUCACCUACAGCCCUUUGAGCCGCGAAAAGCGCGAGACUCGUGUCUUCCGAUUUAGUCCUCCCCUCCAGUUAGGCUCCGACCGUAUCAGUCUUGAACUUCGCCAUGCCUCUCUUGACGAUGACGCCCUCCAAUAUCGGGCGCUGUCAUACGUAUGGGGAGAUACUAAGGAGAAAGAAGAUAUCGACGUCAACGGCGAACAGUUUUCUGUCGGCGCGAAUCUUCAUGCACUGCUGCAGAUGCUUCAAUACCACGACGUGCAAUCCUGGCUCUGGGCCGACGCCAUAUAUAUCCACCAAUCCGACGAUAAUAAAAAGAGUUGGCAUGUCCAGAGCAUGUAUAACAUCUUCAAGAACGCCGAGUUUAUUUACUCUUGGCUGGGUCCCGGCUCUAAGGCAACUGAUGUGGCUAUGAACUUCUUUUCGGACUGGGGCCCUCGUGCGUUGAAGGUUGGUGUGAUGGAGGAGCUGUGGCCUACGCAUCUCCCUACGGAGGCACCUUUAGAGUCUAGUAUCGACGUCCCAGAAUUCAUUUAUCUUUCUAAAAUUAGAUAUUACUUUCUCCCGGAGCCGGUAUUUGAGAAGGUAAGUACGGUUGUGGAUGCUUCGAGUACGAGUGAUAAGUGGUAUGAUUUGGCGAGGUUUCUUUGCGAUUUGCUUUGUGUUGAAGGGCUACGCGGGACCCGUGGGAAGUCCGAGGUGGCCCUGGCCCGAGAAGUCCUUCUUAUGUGCGGAGGAAAGUUCACACCGAUUUUAUACUUCGAACCGGUGUUAGAAGACCUCUGGAAAUUUUGCGAUGGAAACCCUUGGUUCUUUAAAGAUAUUCUACUGCGGCACAGCUUCUGUGAGCGGUUCCCUCCUUAUCUUUACCCAAACAAGGCUAUACUCGUUCGUCAAUUAAUCCGCCGCGGAACGAAAAUAGGCUUGGGCACUAUUCUUAUGGCUUUCUCCAACGAAACCGAGCGUCCAUGGUAUCGCGCGACUGACCCACGCGAUAUCGUCUAUGGCAUACUCGGCCUUCUUUCCCACGAUGACCGUCGUCCGUUUGGCUAUGUUGAUUAUAAAAAUAUGACAUGGGUUGAUCUCUUUACUCAGGCCACGCGAUCUUUGAUUGAGGCGUCUCUCACAUCAUGCUACAAAGAUCGAUUGUACACUAUCGGACAUUGUCUGCCCCGUCCAAGAGGCCAACCAACCGAGUUACCCAGCUGGGUCCCCGACUGGCGGGAUCAUGACCACCAGGCUCAUAAUGUUCUUGAAAAGGAUCGAGCAAGCGACUGGCUGGCACGCAUUCGCGAUUUUACCAAGUUGCCGGAGAGCUCCGAUGUACAGAACAUAGAGGGAGAAGACUACGUCUGGCGCUUGGUGAUGCGUUGCCACAACGAAAGUUUUCUCAGAGGAUUUCUAGGGGAUGUCGGGUUCCCGAGCAAUCCAGAGGCUGCUUGUUUUAUCCGCAGGCUCAUGCGCCAGGACUACCCGGAUCCUCGGACACUUCCAGAUUCUCUGGUUAGAUGCAUACAGGUAUCCAGAGAGUUCAUGGCAUUAACUGAUAUCAGGACCUCGAAACACGUGAAUGAGUCCCCGAUAACCAAGUUCUCCAACCUGAAUGAUGAUGCAUCCCGUGAUGCGACUAUAAUUGUCGACGGUCAAACGCAGACGAGAAGCAACUCAGUUGAUUUAGAGUGUCUACCGGAUAACAAUAGCAUCAGUGAAAGCGACUUAAAAUCUUUCAUGGACGCGAAGAUAAGAGUGUUAUUUUGCCGGUCGAGGUCAAGGAAUUCCACGUUAUUCAAGACGACCAAAGGAAUGCUGGGCAGCAGGAUUGGGGAUGUUAGACCUGGAGACGUGGUGGUAAUUCUGGAGAACGCCCAUACACCCUCUCUCUUGCGUCCACGCUCGCAAGACGGGGAUGGAAAUACGGCCAAUCGCGGGGGCAUCGAAACUACCUUUACUUUUGGUGGAGAGGCAUAUGUGGAAGGUAUCAUCACUAUCAGGUACAAACUUCAUGUUUUUGCUUUACGGUCCCAAAGUGCCGAACAACAGAAUUGGGAGUAA